UGUGAUCGCUGAUGGACCGCGGAGAACGACCCACGGCCGGGACGGGUCCGCUCCGCGAUGCGCCUCGAUGAUUGGAGACCGGCAGCUUGACAAGCUUGUUAAUUCCGCCCGUCCGCAUGACCCGCCUCCUCUCUGCACCAGCCUCCACCAGCAAGGCCGGAACUACAAAUGCGAAGUGCAGAGUUUGAAAAGUUGCACGGACGAGCUGCGUCUCAUCUGGAACGAGCAGAGACCACGGGGGCAGUAAUUAUCCAUGACUUAAAUGGCGGAGGAACUACUUCUGGAAAGCAAUGGCGAACCCAGCUCGCACCUCACAAAGCCUCUGCUGGCUGUGGCUUUCCUGUCCUCGUUCGGCAGCUCCAUGCUCUAUGGCUACAAUUUGGCAGUGGUCAACUCUCCUGCAGAGUACAUCAAAGACUUCUACAACGAGACAAUGGUGGAGCGUUAUGACUGGAUUCCAGAUGAGGAGCUCCUCACCGUCCUGUACGCCCUCACCGUGUCCAUCUUUGCCAUCGGGGGGAUGACGGGCGCGCUGCUGGUUGGCAGACUGGUAACCACAUACGGAAGGAAGGGGACGCUGGUGAGAGUCACUCUGCUGGUGUUCAUAGGAGGAGCUCUUAUGGGCUUCAGCAGGAGGUGCAGGAUGCCUGCGAUGGUCAUCCUUGGACGCUUCAUCACAGGAGUACACUCGGGUAUCUCUCUCAGUGUGGUGCCGAUGUACCUCGGUGAAAUAGCCCCCAAGAACCUGCGAGGCUUCCUGAGCCUCGUUCCCAGCAUUCACAUCUGUGUUGGCGUCUUCAUUGCUCAGGUUCUGGGACUCUCCGAGCUGCUGGGAAAGGAAGAGUACUGGCCUCUGCUCCUUUCCCUGGUGGUGUUUCCCACAAUCGUCCAGCUGAUGCUGUUGCCAUGGUUUCCAGAGAGUCCACGUUACCUGUUGAUAGAGAAGGGAAAUAUUCCUGCCACCAUUUCAGCCCUGAAGUGGUACCGUCCAAAAGGAAACUUCCAGGCGGAGGUUGAUGAGAUGCAGGAGGAACAGCGGUCCCUGUCCUCCGUCCAGACCGUCUCCGUUUGGGGCCUGCUCAGGGACCGCUGCGUCCGUUGGCAGGUCAUCACCAUCGUGGUAGUCAACAUCGGCAUGCAGCUGUCCGGCAUCGAUGCGAUCUGGUUCUAUACAAAUGACAUUUUUAAGAACGCAGGAAUCCCAGAACCACAUAUUCAGUAUACAACUGUGGGUACCGGUGCCAUUGAGGUCAUCUCUGGGAUGCUGGGGUGUUUCACUAUUGAGCGUCUGGGCAGAAGACCUCUGAUGAUUGGCGGCUUCCUCUUCAUGGGUCUCUGCUGUUCUGGCAUCACGGUGUCCGUCAUCCUCCAGGCGGAGCUCCCCUUCAUGCGCUACAUCAGCGUGGGCUGCGUUGUGGGGAUUAUUGCUGGUUUCUGCAUAGGUCCAGGCGGCGUGCCCUUCCUGAUCACUGCAGAGCUUUUCAAGCAGUCCCACCGACCGGCGGCCUACACUGUGGCCGGAUGCCUCAACUGGCUGUCCAACUUCACCAUCGGCUUCGUCUUUCCCUUCCUAGAGAAUGCUACAGGUCCUUACUGUUAUCUGAUCUUCUGCGUGAUCUGUUUGGGAGUGGCCGUCUACACCAUCUUUGUUAUUCCCGAGACCAAGAACAAAACCUUUAUGGAGAUCAGCCAGAUGUUCGCGGCCAAGAACAACAUCCCGGAAGAAGAGUUGACCUCCAAUGCUCAUCUCAAAAUGGCAAUGAUGAACGGCUAUGGAACUCUAGUUGAAUAACCCGACGGGGGGGGAAAUGACGUGGUGGACACGCAUGUAAAUGAUGGUCUCUUCUCUCGGUUGGACUUCUUUUGGCUCGUAAUGACUGAAGUGAGCGUAGCGGGGAUAAAAGUUUUGGGCCAACAAGGAGAUCUGCUGCUUUGUGUGAAAACCACAGGGACCGUCGCCUGCAAACACUUUCUACAUUUAAAAAACUCCCUGUUUUAACCAUUAAUCACCAGGCAAAGAGGAGCUCCUGCGCUUUAUGUAAGGCAGGAGUCAUGCGGUUGUGCGUUUCAAAUCAACCAUCAGAGACGUUUUAAUCUUGUUUCUCUGCAUCUUAAAGCAUUUUUACGGGAGCUGACUUGGUUUCUCUGACAGCUGGCGGAUGUUUUAAUCCCCACAUUAGCUCCACUUUGUUGAAACGCAUCCCAUGAUCACUGUAUUGUUCAUAGGUGGUCCGUACUGUCUCCUGUUGCUGAAUAAAGACUAUGUUUAUUCAGUGAUGCAGCAAUAACACCUCGGAGGCAGAGCUUUCAUCAGUGAACUGAAGGAAAAAUACAUUUCAUCAUAUGAAUCAUAAUAACUACACGUAUGUUCACAGUGUUCAGCUGAAGAAGUUGCUUUUGUUCACUGUGGGAUUUUGUGUCUAUUCUAAAAGAGUUUGAUGUUGUGGCUUGUUGAAAAGCUAUAAUUUAUCAAUAUAUGACAAAAAGGUAGAUGUUUGUUCAUUCAUUUCCUUUUUUUUACCGCCCUUUGACAACCCCUCUUUGCAUAAAAUAUGGUGGAAAAUAAAAUGAAGAUGUGUGCAGGAACAUUC